GUCACGUAUAUCAGCUGUUAAACACAGCUGCAGCCGCCGUUGAGUUGAGUUUACCCAACAAAAUGAAUUUUUUAAAAAAGGUGUUGCCAAUAGCUGAGACACAGCUCAACAUGGCGAACAAAUCGGCAUUACACACGAGUGCAGUCUGUUGUCGCGUGCAAUCUGGACGUUACCGCAUAACCACAAAACGAGACAGGCCGCUGACCUACGAGAUGGCGAAUCCGCCGCAUUUCAUUGGACAUCGCAAGACCUGGAACUCGUGGAACACAUCCACUCUGAAGGAUGGUCUGCGUCCAUCGCAAACCGCAAUUGAGGAUGUUUUUAUUCGCAAAUUUAUUACUGGCACCUGGCAUGCGCUGGUCUGCUCCGAGAUCAUUAUUAAGCGGCAACACAAUACGAUACGCAUUGCUGCCAUCAUACGACAGGCAAUUAGUCCACGCAAGAUGUACUUCCUCAUUGGAUAUACGGAGGAGCUGCUGUCGUACUGGAUGCAGUGCCCCGUCACGCUGGAGUUUCAGACGGUGGCCGAUAAGAAGGACGUGGUCUUCAAAUACAUUUAGUUCAUAUCCCAUUUUACUUUUCUCUUACAUACAACUAUACUAAUUCAAACAUUU